CCGCUUGAGAACAGCAACGUGGCAUUAACAGUCCAAGCCAGGGUGGCCUAGGUCUCCUGGUGUGCCACGGUACCGGUUGAAAGUUGAACCCUGUUUAUCUGUCUAUCUGUCCAGAAACUAAAAAACCAGACCCAAAGAAACCAGGAAGUUUCUAUCAAACUACAAAAGAAUCAAAAAAAGAAUGGAGGAGAAAAAUUCUGAUAGAAUCCCCUUGAUCAAUCCACCACCAUCAACCGCAACAGAUGGAACUGCAUCCAAACUUCAAACUAUAGGGAACAUCAUAGUUUCAAUAGUUGGAACUGGCGUUUUAGGCCUUCCUUUUGCUUUUCGAAUCGCUGGUUGGCUUGCUGGAUCAAUUGGUGUUAUCCUUGCUGGCUUGGCCACUUAUUACUGCAUGCUCCUCCUUGUGCAGUGCAGGGAUAGAUUAGCAUCAGAAAAAGAAUUACCAGGAACAACAACAUACGGUGACUUAGGUUACAGGUGCUUGGGAAGGCCAGGCCGUUACCUGACAGAAUUUCUCAUUUUCAUCUCCCAAUGUGGAGGAUCCGUAGCAUACUUGGUAUUCAUUGGCCAAAACCUUGCAUCAAUUGUCAAAGGCCAUGGCCUCACUAUUGCAUCUUACAUAUUCUUGUUAGUCCCAAUUGAAAUUGCACUGUCUUGGAUUGGCUCCCUCUCAGCCUUUGCACCAUUCAGCAUAUUUGCCGAUAUAUGCAAUGUGUUAGCAAUGGGGUUUGUUGUUAAAGAAGAUAUACAACAGGCAAUUGGGGGAGAUUUUUUGUUUAGAGAUAGGAAAGCCAUCACUGAUAACAUAGGAGGGUUGCCAUUCGCAGGAGGGAUGGCAGUGUUCUGUUUUGAGGGGUUUGGAAUGACACUGGCUCUGGAGGCAUCUAUGAAAGAGAGGAGGACAUUUCCUAAGGUGUUAGCCAUGGCUUUUACAUGGAUCACUCUUGUCUAUGUUUUAUUUGGGAUUUUUGGCUACAUGGCUUAUGGUGAUGAAACAAAAGAUAUUAUAACACUAAAUCUUCCCAAGAAUUGGACAGCCAUUGCAGUCCAGAUUGGCUUGUGCCUGGGGCUAGUAUUUACAUUCCCAAUCAUGGUACACCCAGUUAACGAAAUCCUGGAGGGGAAGUUGAAGAAAAAUUUAUGGCUUCAGAAGCUCCACGACAAUGAUGCUGAAAGUUCACUUACAAGAUUAGGAAAGUUUGGAAUAUGCGUUAGUCGGGCAGUACUGGUAAUUGGGUUGGCAGUUUUGGCAUCAUUCGUUCCGGGGUUUGGUGUGUUUGCCUCACUUGUUGGGAGUACUGUAUGUGCACUAAUCUCAUUUGUUUUGCCAGCCUCUUUUCACCUAAUAUUGUUGGGUUCAUCCUUGAGUUUCUGGCAGAAAGCCUUGGAUUUUUGCAUUUUGUUGUGCGGAUUGCUUUUGGCAGCUUAUGGUACUUAUAACACCAUAGUCGGAGUCUGAAAAUAUCUUGGUUUCAGAAGAUUCCAAAUAAAAUAUUUUAGCUUUUCAAUUAGAUUAAUGGACAACAACAGGCUUAUGAAGUUGUCUAGAAAAUCUUGGAUUAAUGGCAGCAAGUUAUGGAUUGUUUCAUUCUGUAGUGCCAAUUGCUUUUUACAGCUUAUGGAACUUAUAACACCAUUGUUGGAGCCUGAGAAAAUUCUUGAUUUCAGAAGAUUUUGAAAUCGAAAAAUCAGUUCUUUGAUUGGAUUAAUAGACAAGAUAUCAUAAACCUGUAAAAGUGUGCAGGUUUAAUGGCAAGACAGUCAACAUUUUACCAAUGCAGUUGUAUUAUUUCUGCUACUUCCUAUUUUGCUGAUGGAAACAGGUUAAUAUGCAGAUGAAUAGAUUUUGCUAUUUGUUAUAUACUCUAUUCACUUUUCAAUUUAUUGACAAUGAUUGAGUUCUUUGUUCGUA